AUGGGUAGCGGCUAUCGACUACAAGCGGAGCUUCUGCCCCCUCGAGCAGUAGAUGGAGCAAGUGGCACGGCGAACAGAACAGAAGAUGUUUUUAAUGUCGUUGAUUUUGGUGCGGUGGGGGACGGUAUUAAAUACUGUGCGAAGGCAGUCAACAAAGCGAUCCGAGCUGCGAAGAAGAAUGGUGGAGGGGUGGUUUAUUUCCCACCCGGGCGCUACAGAUUUGGGCAGCAAGGCAACACAGAGAGUGAACUCCAGAUCACCUCCAGUAAUAUCACACUACGGGGGGCCGGCAACAGUGCCUCUGCAGAAACAUCCAGCAUAUUGUAUCUUGACCACUAUAUCCCUGGGAAUAAGUUUCUUUUGUAUGGUCAUGGACACCAUCAUCCCGGGCCAGUCGAAGAAGCCGCCGGUGUGCACGUGGUUGCCAGUGUACCUGCUGAGGCUAUUAAAUUACAUGUUAGCGAUGUGUCCGACUACUCUGCGGGGGAUUGUUUUCGUCUCCAUGGCAACAGCAAAGCGUGGUUGACUCCGUGGUUUGGGGAUAUACCACUCGACCCCAAAUGGGAAGAUCUCAGCAAGCAGGGCAUCACAUUUGAUCAGCCACAUUGUGUAGCACAUGUAAACCACGAAGCUAGCGUUUUGACCCUGAACAGCCCGAUUCACACAGAAAUUGUUAUUAAGAAAGACCAAACAUCACUGAAACUGUUACGAAUUCAAAUGCUCUCUGAUAUCGGAAUCGAGAUGCUGCGGUUUGAGAGCGGUUGGAAAAAGGAGAAGAAGCCCCUAUGCCACCUCUGUGAUGACAAGAAUACCCUUGGAUGGCAAGCUAUUCUGCUAACGCUGGUGAAAGACUCUUAUAUCCGAGAUUGUGUCUUUGACUCGUGGAUUGGAAGCGUCAAAUUGGAAAUGUCAAGGGCGAAUACGGUUUCACAUAAUGCGGUCGUAGGCAAACCAGGACAUCACUGCUAUCGGACGCUGCGCUCGUAUGGAAAUCUAUUUUUAGAAAAUUCCGACACAGCAGGCACUUGGCACGGACCCAGUUUCGAAAUGUUCGACAGCGGGAGUGUAUUUCUCAGACAUAAACUUGCACGAGGCCAAGCAGUAGACGCGCAUGGCAAUUUACCGACACACACGCUUGUGGAUGGUGCUUCUGGGGGGGUGCUAUACGGUGCUGGAGGAAAUGAGAUGGCAUUUCCAAACCAUGCCGAGAAGUUGACGAUCUGGAACUUUGAACAUAGAGCUGUGGAUGUGCGUGGCAAGAAGUACCUACUCUCAUGUGAACGCUUGUUUUAUUUCUUUGAUAUCCCCUAUCUUGUUGUUUAUGAGUUCACGUCUGGUGUCAUCAACUCAUAG